AGGCAACACACACCUAAAAAUUUAAUGAGUUCUGGAGCUUGAAUUGGGUAAAACAGUUCUAUCAAUUCAACCGUCAUGGACGAAGAGGAACUCGCCAGCAAUCACCCCGAGCCUAGCAUGGUUCAAAGUGAAUACUCGCGGAGUCGCAUCGUGAACCAGAGCUCCAUGACCCUAGCACAAGGAUUUCAAUCCGCGCAACUGCUCUUCAUGGGUGAAAACUUCCAGCAGACACGCAGCGAGCAGGAUAUCUUCUUUGACUGUAAUGCUUCGCCGGAGAGUACGCCGAGGGAGAACCGCAGUGCCACCAGUCGUUGCAAGUUCGACGACCCGGCAGCGAUACGAGAAGCCCUGGAACGAGCAGCCAAUGCCACACAGAUGCUGCUCAAGAAUUUCGAUAAGGGCGGCGGUUGGAACCAACCAUGUGCCGUCACCUUGGAGCUGACCGCUCGAUUGGUUGACCCCAAGAAGAGUCGCGCCGGCUGUCCACUGCACGGCAAACCCGUUACGGUCCAGAUGCCACUCGAGUUUAAUCCGCAGAGCGGCAAGAUGGCCACCUGUCAGCAGAAGCAACAGCGGCCCAGCAGGCAACGCAAGGACUCCAUCUGCCAGUGCCGCUCCCAGCAGCGGAUGCAUUCCGCUCCGAGGACACCCAGGCCCACCACAGAAUGCCCGGCUCUGAUGUACACGCAGGAUGAGCGACAUUCCGACAGCGACCCCAACUCCCGCCACCAACAGACCGAGCAAUCCCGCCUAAAAGACCACUGGAAACCGUCGAAUCUCCAGUCCUCGCCAUCCGAUAUGGAUGAUCCACGUGCUAAGCCCUCGCAAACAGAUGAGCCCUCCUUUUUGGAAAGACAUCACACACCCAAGUCACUGAAGUCUAAGCCGGAAUCUCAGCCAGAACUGGAUGAGGUUCCGGUAUGUUCGUGCAAGCCUAAACGAGCCAAGUCCGCCGAUCCACCCCCAGUAAGAACUCCAUGUGUGUGCCGCUCUCAAGCCCAACCAUGUGGUCAAGAUAACAAGGACCGGUCUAGCCCAAAGAAGCCCAGCUCGGCGAGAGCCUCAGCGGCAUCACCGGGUGGCUCGUUCAAAACUGCAAUUACAGAAUGCACCAAGGAGCUUCUUGAGCCCUGCACUUGUGGCUCCAAGCCUCCAUACUGGGCAGGUCAAAGCAACCUAGUCUCCGGGCCAUCCUACAGUAAGGCAAUGGCACCCUGUCAAUCCAAUGGCACCGCCUUAACCAUCGCUCCUUUGCAAGAUCCUGCCAGAACCAAGCCUAAUAGAUCCAAGAGCCUAACCAGUAUUCCUACCCAAAAACAACCGAACCAAAGCAGGUUGACUUGGUUGUCCGCUCUAAAGGAUCCGGAAAGUGACGUCUGCCACCAUAAACAGCAAGAAGUGCCUGUUUCAUGUUCUUGCAAUGCCGCACAGACUAGCCAGGCUACUUGUCGCAGUAUGGCAACCAAAUCAAACCCACCACAUAGUCAGCCCUCCUUUGGAGUGGAUUAUGAGACUUCUGCCACAACAAGAUCCCAGUCGAUCGUAGGCAAGAUCACCUGUCUGUGCGCGUCAGAUCAGAAGAGCAAUAAAGAUUACAUGUCAAAACUGGCCGAUUCGGAGUACCAAGAAUGCGCAGGGACUAGCAAUAUCCAGCCGUGUCCUUCUACCAGGAUACAGCAUUCAUGCGGGCUUUCCGAGUUUGACAAUAACCAGACAUCACAAUGCAAUCCCAGUGUCUCUUUCCGUUCUAGGAAAGUGAGCCUGAAAGACUAUGAUGAGGAGUUCUGUGACUGCGAUGCUUCCGAUAGGUCCUCCGAUUUGUCGGAUCCCAUCCAGACCAGUCUCCAUACGCAUAGAAGUCUCUCUGGCGGUAGCUGUCUUUGCGAUGACGAUGACCCUCCUCCGGAUGAUCCCUCUAAGUCGGCCUGCGUUACUAAGAACUGCCAGUGCUAUCAGGAAGAUCAGGGCACUGGCUUUCAAACACCAGAUGAUCCUUGCGGGCAGAAGGACAUGUCGUGUUGUACUCGCAAACAGCGCAUCCUCCAGUUAAUGGACAGACUAACCACCUACGAAUGCGAUUGCGGCGAUUCUCGAACCUCAAUGAUCCAACAACUCUUCCGGGAAAUGACGCUUCUUCUGAGAUCGGAAAAAGAGAACGCCAUUGCACCGGCCGAUGAACCAAGUCCACCUUGUCCUAACUUCGAUGAAUGCUGCGCGGCUCAACAUGACCGCACUGGUGACGAGGAAGCCGGUGAGAAGCCCAUGUCAAAAAAAGCACUCCGACGUGUCGAGUGCUUCCAUCAGCUGGAGGAAUAUCUUCGCAAGUGCUUCCUGCCACCCCCAGAACCUGAAGUUCCAGAGACCGAUAUCUAUGCUUUUGAACUGGAUCCAGACUUUCCGCCAGAUGACAAAGACGAGUGUCCUCAAACACCUGCAGAGAAGCCCAAGCCUUGUCGGACGGAAAAUUUCUUAGACGUUGGAAAUUCGCUGACCUGCUCGGGAGAUGACUUGGAUGGCGACGUUUUCGUGGACUGUGAAGACGAUGAUGAGUAUAAUAAAGGCGACUGUGAAUGCGAUGACCACAUAACAGGGGAGCCGGACCUAUGUCAAUCUCUUAAAGCCUUUAUUAAUAAGGAAGUGCAGGACAUUAUGGAGGCGGAGGCUUGUAGGGAAGGCAAUGACUUGGAACAAAAGACCCCUAGCAUAAUUCUAAAGGAAAUCUGUGAGGGGUCGACGAACCCGAUGCCCCUUGAGGAGGAGGAAAAACCAGAGCAGAUUGAGUGUCCAUUUGCCGGCAUGGUUUCAUGCGCUCCUUGGACCAAAGUGGAGACGGACUGGGCUACCUAUCCAUAUAAUUUAGAUCCCUGUGCUAAAAAGAAGCCACCUAUUCCGGUAUCACGGGGUCCGCGUACAGGUCUUUUGCCUGAUGGACCCCUAACACCCGAGGUGAGAAAUCUUUGCGAGAAACUCCUUCGAAAGGCUCUCCAGGAAUGUGGGUUAUGUGACGAAAUGCACUCUUGCGAGGAGGACGAUGGACCAAUCGAUUGCAGUGAAUGCCCACCCAAAGAGUGCCCGGAAGGCGAAGAGUGUCCGGAAAACCCCGAAGACUGCCCCGAAGAAUGCCGUCCUGAUAGCGACGAAUGCCCACCUGAGGGGAAUGAAUGCCCCGUUGAAGAAGAUGAAAGUCAGUGUCAGGAGAAUCCACCGGAUCAGGGUUGCCUCUGCUGCCACUGUCGAGCCCUCAUCUGUGACGAAGAGUGCAAGACGGUUUCCAAUACCCUUCGAUCGGCCAUGUGCGAUCCACUAUGCGAAAUGAAAUACUUUAUAGACUCCAUGAUUGUUGAUAUGCAUGCCAUGGAUUGUGUGCUGGGCAACAAGCAAGUGAAGCCUCAGGACAUUAGGGCCAAUGAUGCAACCAAUAGGACAGGACCGGGUGAUAGCUUUCCGGUUAAAAUUUCGAGUGUUACCAGUCUGGGUUGCUCCGCUCUCUAUGUCAGAUGGAAAGUGGAGGACUGUAGCGGCAUAUCAGGAUACGAGAUUUACAUGGAUGGGCAUUUGACGAACAGAUUAUACAGUUUUCGGCACGAAGCCGCUGUGAUAACCAAUGUGGAUGUGACCAAUCCCCAUCAGAUAGUGGUUCGUGCCCAUGCGGUGGACAAUGAGUUUCCCGGGGAGGGUUCGGGCAAAAGCCCGGAUUGUGGCUGCCAGACAAUGGCCGUUGCCGAACCACAAAUGGUGGCCGGAGCUGCGAGGCCAUGGACGGCCAGUGUCUUCUAUUAUGAUCCCAAUCAAGUGCCGCCGGCGGGAGGCGUGCAACCGUGCUAGUCAAGAAUCAUAUAUAUAUAUCGAAUAUCGAAUAUCGUCGGAUGAUAUCACCGUUAUCGGAACAAAGGAGUUCAAGCACUCCCACACAUUUUAGCUUGUACAUAUAGUCUAUUUAUAUGUAGUGUUUGUUAAGAGUUGUUUUUCUGGACGAUACGAAUUGAAAUUGAAAUUAUCUGUAUGUAGUGCUUUACUUAGUGCCUUAACUCGUAAUACUAGCCCUUAAGCAGAGAUCAAUGCAUUGUAAAGGAUUUGAAAGCAGAUUAACCCAUUCAGAUGGCACGUUAAUUGUUCACAGAAAACCAAAUUCACUUUGAAUAAAUGAAUCUCAUUGUUAGAGAUGCAAAAUGUUAGUAAA